AUGGUGGGCGGAAAGUGUCCGGCUAUCGGGGUUGACCUGGGCACGACGUACUCGUGCACUGGGGUCUUCCAGCAUGGCAAGGUGGAGAUAAUCGCGAAUGAUCAGGGCAAUCGAACAACACCGAGUUAUGUGGCGUUCACGGACACGGAACGUCUGAUUGGCGACGCGGCCAAGAAUCAGGUGGCCAUGAAUCCGACAAACACGGUGUUCGAUGCGAAGCGCCUGAUCGGCAGAAGGUUCGACGAUCCAGCGGUGCGUGGGGACAUGAAGCAUUGGCCGUUCGAGGUGAUCCAGGAGGCCGGGAGGCCGAAAGUACGCAUCGAGUACCGUGGCGAGAAGAAGGUGUUCUCGGCGGAGGAGAUUUCGUCGAUGGUGCUGUUGAAGAUGAAGGAGACGGCGGAGGCGUAUUUGGGCAAGCAGGUGACGGAUGCCGUGAUCACAGUGCCGGCCUAUUUCAACGACAGUCAACGUCAAGCGACCAAGGAUGCGGGCGCGAUCUCGGGCCUGAAUGUGCUGCGCAUCAUCAAUGAGCCGACAGCAGCCGCGAUUGCCUACGGUCUUGACAAGAAGGGAAGUAAUGUGGGCGAACAGAAUGUGCUCAUCUUUGAUCUGGGCGGCGGUACGUUCGAUGUGUCCGUGUUGUCCAUCGACGAGGGGGUGUUUGAGGUGAAAUCGACAGCGGGCGACACGCAUCUGGGCGGGGAGGACUUUGACAACCGUCUGGUGGAUCACUUUGUGGGUGAGUUUAAACGGAAAUUCAAGAAGGACCUGACCGACAACAAGCGGGCCAUUCGUCGACUACGCACAGCCUGCGAACGUGCCAAGCGGACGCUGAGCUCGAGUGCACAGGCCAAUCUGGAGAUCGACUCGUUGUACGAUGGUAUCGACUUCUACACGUCAAUUACACGAGCCCGCUUUGAGGAGAUGAAUUCAGAUCUGUUCCGAGGCACGCUGGAGCCGGUGGAGAAGGCGUUGCGUGAUGCGAAACUGGACAAAUCGGCCAUCCACGAGAUUGUGCUUGUGGGCGGGUCGACGAGGAUUCCAAAGAUCCAGAAACUGCUGCAAGACUUCUUC